GUUUCCUUACAUUUACUGUCAAAGUGUCAUCGAGUUGAAUUAUUUCUUUUAAAUGUAUUUACAUGUCACACGCGUGCACAUGCAUUAAUGGCAGGAAAUGAUAUAAAGCAAAACUUACGAAAAUUAGAUUUCCCUUACUGCGCUAGAGAAGCAUUAUGCAGAAUCGAAAUAUUAUGCGGCAGACCUGGGAAACAAAUGGACCUGCAACUGGAUUUAAUUUCAGAGUUUGUGUUCGGCGAAAUAGAGAAGCGGAAGAAACGCAACAUGACGAUAGCGAUACAAGAAUUGCAAUUGAUAGAAGUUUUAAGCGAUUUUUUUCAAAGCCCGGGAGGAAGUGCUGCUGUUCGCAAUGCAGUAUUUUUAUCCCUUUUUCCCGCAGAUAGUCCUAGAUACAAAGUCUUGGGCAAUUUAGUAUCUUUGGCGAUUGCUACCCAAAACAAAGCAGUUUUGAAUGCUACUGGAAUUUGGAUGCAACAAUUAGGCUCUACAUCUCUACAAAGUGUAGGAUUAGCAAGGCAUGUACUUAAUGAUUAUUUUGUCCUUACUCCGAAAUCUAUUGACAAGUUAAAGCAGCUUCCUGUACUUGCACCACAUUUCACUGCCAACUUACUAACGGCAAUAGGUGAAGUUUAUGAAGAUAAAGAUCCACCUACGGAACUGCUCAGAUUGGUAGGAGAGUGGAUAGAUGAAAACCCAAGUCUUUUAUUGACUCCUUUAAUGGAUAAUCCUGCCUUACCAACUGGUGGCAUUCCAAUGACACCAAUAACACCUAUAGCAGGUUUAUUCAGGUGGUGCAUUUUAUGCCCUUUACGAUUAAGUUUCACGAAAAAUGCGGAAAAUUGCGAGGAACAGCGAAAAUUAUAUUCUAAAAUACAGCAGUUACUUAUGGAUUCAGUAUUACGAUUAAAAAAUAGCGGGAACAAUAAACAUGCAAUAUCUGCGCAACAUUUUGCAGCUACUAUUCGCACUUUAAGUUCUAAUUUACAAUCUCAAACAAGUCCUAAUUCAUCUUUGUGCGACUUAGCUAUGGAGCGACUCGCGCAAGCCAUAAGUGCGGCAAUGUCUGCAAAUUGCAUUUACGGAAACAAACAGGAAUUAUUGGCAUUGUUACAACCCUUAUCGUACCAACAUUUUUUAAUCGAAUGGACAUUGCAGACUUAUGCGUCUAAGGCUGCUUGAUUUAUUGAAUUUAUGAAUGUGAAUUAUAAUUGAUUGUAUCUUCUUUUAAUCUCU